GUGCCAUCUACCUAAAAUUUUCCUUAAAUUCUACUAUUGAGCAAAUUUUGCCCAACCCCUUCACAUGAUCCAGGCAUCCCCAAUCCCUUCAAUUAACGACUCCUUCCUCAAAUCCUUACAAAACCUAUCCUCCCACAAAAGAGAAAAGUCACCGAAAAAGAAUUUGCUCUAUUUGCAAAGAGAUUAAAGGAAACAUUUGACGCCCCUGAAGCAGUUUCCUCUGACCCCGAGACCGUCACGAUCAUUCCUCAAGUCAAGCUUGAAACACUCCAUCCAAGAGGAAAGGCACAAAUCAAAAGGUCAGGGCCAAGUCACGAUCACAGCCACACUCAGCGUUCAUAUUUUCACAUUUUGGAUCAGUUUCAGAGGCCCAAUUGACCACUUUCCCCAGUCAAAUCGAUGAUCUGCAUAUGGGUUCUUCAACAAAAUGUAGCAGAAAUGGAGGAUCAGGGGCUUCAUCUGGAAAAUUAAAGAUUUAAUUGAGGAGGGGAUGCAGGGCUUUUGCCACAGAGCAGGCAAACCAGUGUAACUGUGUACUACCAAAGGAAGCAAAUUCGAUGAUUUUAUGCUGAUUAGAAUGCUGGCUCAAUAGUCAAAACAUAUCAGAAGUAUAUCAAUGGCAGAACAUCGGAAUGGUAAUGUCAAAAAUACAAAUGGCAAGGCAUCAGCAGCCACCAAUACAUAUACGAUCAAUCUGGAAAACUUCAGUAAGCGGUUGAAAAUGUUCUAUUCUCAUUGGAAUGAAUACAAUGGUGAUUUAUGGGGUGCUUCAGAUGCCCUGGCUAUAGCAACACCUCCAACUUCUGAAGAUCUACGUUACCUGAAAUCGUCAGCUUUGAACAUCUGGUUGGUUGGUUAUGAAUUCCCAGAAACAAUUAUGGUCUUCACGAAGAAGCAGAUCCAUUUCUUGUGUAGCCAGAAAAAAGCUUCUCUCCUCGAUGCUGUGAAGAAGUCUGCAAAAGAGGCUGUGGGUGUUGAAGUUGUGAUGCAUGUGAAACCUAAAAAUGAUGAUGGGGUUGGACUAAUGGAUAAUAUAUUUGAAGCUGUCAGUGCUCAGCCAAACUCCAAUGGUCAUGCUCCUGUUGUUGGACAUAUAGCAAGAGAGGCUCCUGAAGGAAAGCUUUUGGAGACAUGGGCUGAAAAGUUGAAAAAUGCGAAUUUUGAGCUAAGUGAUGUAACAAAUGGGUUCUCAAGUUUGUUUGCUGUCAAAGACAAUACAGAGCUUACAAAUGUAAAGAAAGCUGCAUUCUUGGCUUCAUCAGUGAUGAGAAGUUUUGUGGUCCCAAAACUUGAAAAGAUUAUUGAUGAGGAAAAGAAGGUUUCCCAUUCUUCAUUGAUGGAUGACACGGAGAAGACCAUCUUGGAACCUGCAAGAAUUAAAGUCAAGCUGAAGGCUGAGAAUGUUGAUAUUUGUUACCCUCCAAUAUUUCAGAGUGGAGGAGAUUUUGACCUGAAACCAAGUGCUUCCAGCAAUGAUGACAACCUUUACUAUGAUUCUACCAGUGUGAUUAUAUGUGCAAUCGGAUCCCGAUACAACAGCUACUGCUCAAAUGUUGCUCGAACUUUUCUGAUUGAUGCCAAUGCAAAUCAGAGCAAGGCUUAUGAGGUUCUCCUCAAGGCACAAGAAGCAGCCAUUAGUACUUUGAAAUCUGGCAACAAGGUCAGUGCUGCAUAUCAAGCAGCGCUUUCUGUAGUUGAGAAGGAUGCUCCUGAAUUGGCUGCAAACUUGACUAAAACUGCAGGAACUGGAAUUGGCCUUGAGUUUCGUGAGUCAGGGCUUAGUCUUAAUGCCAAGAAUGACCGCGAAUUUAAACCAGGCAUGGUUUUCAAUGUCUCCCUUGGAUUUCAGAAUUUGCAGGCAGAGACCAAAAACCCAAAGACCCAGAAAUUCUCAGUGCUGCUAGCCGAUACAGUUAUUGUUGGUGAAGAGGUUCCAGAGAUAGUGACUGUAUCAAGUUCUAAAGCUGUGAAGGAUGUAGCUUAUUCAUUCAAUGAGGAUGAUGAAGAAGAAGAUGAGCGGCCAAAAGUCAAAUCUGAGACUAGAAGCAGAGGGACUACCUUAUCUAAGGCAACACUUAGAUCAGACAACCAGGAGAUGUCAAAGGAGGAGCUACGAAGGCAGCACCAGGCUGAACUUGCCCGCCAGAAAAAUGAAGAAACUGCUAGGAGGCUUGCCGGAGGCGGUUCCAUUUCAACGGAUAAUCGUGGUGCUGGGAAGACAAUAGGUGAUGUGAUUGCAUAUAAGAAUGUUAAUGAUCUGCCCCCUCCAAGGGGUUUGAUGAUUCAAAUUGAUCAGAAGAAUGAAGCCAUCCUAUUGCCAAUUUAUGGAACCAUGGUUCCUUUCCAUGUAGCCACUGUGAAGAGUGUGUCCAGCCAGCAGGACAGUAACCGUAAUUGCUAUAUCCGUAUAAUCUUCAACGUACCUGGCACCCCUUUUAGUCCUCAUGACUCUACCACCCAGAAGUUUCAAGGGUCAAUUUAUCUCAAGGAAGUUUCAUUCCGCUCUAAGGACCCAAGGCAUAUCAGUGAAGCAGUACAGCUGAUCAAAACCCUUCGCCGACAGGUAGCCUCCAGGGAGUCCGAAAGAGCUGAGAGGGCCACUUUAGUUACUCAGGAAAAGCUGCAAGUUUCAGGAGCCAAAUUCAAGCCUAUAAGAUUGUCUGAUCUAUGGAUUCGUCCUGCAUUUGGUGGUCGGGGAAGAAAGUUGACUGGUUCACUAGAAGGCCACACAAAUGGGUUUCGAUACUCUACUUCAAGGCCUGACGAACGUGUGGAUGUUAUGUAUAGAAACAUCAAACAUGCAUUUUUCCAGCCAUCAGAGAAAGAAAUGAUCACUGUGUUACACUUUCAUCUGCACAAUCACAUUAUGGUGGGAAACAAGAAGACCAAGGAUGUGCAAUUUUAUAUUGAGGUAAUGGAUGUGGUCCAGACACUAGGUGGUGGAAAAAGAUCUGCCUAUGACCCGGAUGAGAUUGAGGAAGAGCAGCGUGAGAGGGAUCGAAAAAAUAAAAUCAAUAUGGACUUCCAAAACUUUGUGAACCGAGUAAAUGAUCUGUGGGGUCAACCUCAAUUCAAAGCGCUUGACCUUGAGUUUGAUCAGCCCUUAAGAGAGCUAGGCUUCCAUGGGGUACCUCACAAAGCCUCAGCUUUCAUUGUCCCUACUUCAAGCUGCCUGGUUGAACUGAUAGAGACACCAUUUGUGGUAAUAACUUUAAAUGAGAUUGAGAUUGUUAACCUGGAGAGAGUUGGUCUUGGGCAGAAGAAUUUUGAUAUGACUAUUGUAUUCAAGGACUUUAAAAGGGAUGUUUUCCGAAUAGACUCUAUCCCUUCAACAUCACUAGAUGGCAUCAAGGAGUGGUUAGACACUACUGACCUGAAGUACUAUGAAAGCAGGUUGAAUCUCAACUGGCGACCUAUAUUGAAAACUAUCACUGAUGAUCCAGAGAAGUUCAUAGAGGAUGGUGGAUGGGAGUUCUUGAACAUGGAGGUCAGUGAUUCAGAUUCUGGGACAGAGGAGUCAGACCAAGGGUAUGAGCCUUCAGAUGUACAGUCAGAUUCAGGAUCGGAGGAUGAGGAUGCCAACAGUGAGUCAUUGGUUGAGUCAGAGGAUGAUGAGGACGAAGACUCUGAAGAAGACUCAGAGGAGGAAGGAAAGACAUGGGAAGAGUUGGAGAGGGAAGCAACCUAUGCAGAUAGAGAGAAAGGGGAUGACUCGGAUAGCGAGGAGGAGAGGACAAGAAGGAAGAUGAAAGCUUUUGGGAAGGCUCGGGCACCUGACAAGAGGAAUCCUGGUGGCCACCUUCCCAAGAGGACAAAAUUAAGGUGAAUGUAAGGUCUCAACGACAGCAUUCCCCAAAGAAAUCCUGGUGGACACCUGGAGAGAGUUGGUCUUUCCCUUCGUUUAUCUUAUAGGGCAGCAUCAGCACCAGCAGUAGUUGUAGUUAUACAACUUUGUGUACGAACAACUUCACUUUGAAUGUGUUUUAAAAAGGUUCUAGUCGGUUUUGUUUUUUCUCCUUUUCAUUGUGUUUUGGAAAACCUUGUUUAAUUACUUUCUGCUUGUAAAAUAGUGGGAAUUAAAUAUUAUUAAUAAGUUAUACUUUCAGACUUUCUGUAUA